AUACAUAGCUUUAACAAGUGCACCCCAAACGUAAAUUUAUUGCGCGCUGGUUGGGGGGCACUUGGCACUGAGCCGAACUUCUGUGACCAUGUAUAGCUACCUGGCCUUCAUACACAUACGCUAAAACGAUGGUGUCCACUCGUGGAGGCAGCAGAGAGCCAGGGCGGGCGAAGAGCCCCCUGGGUGAGGUCGACCGGAAUCGGCGUCCGACUCGCCUUGCAGCCUCGUAUCCCAAGCAGUACAAUGAUUCCGAGUUCGUGGACUCUGAGGACGACUUCAGCGACUUUGAGGAGCUUCCGCAGAAGAACGGCGGCACAACAAAGAGCUCGGGAAAGGGGGAUGCCAAGGACGUGCCGCGGCGCAGCAGCCGCCGGUCGGUCCCUGCAGCGGUGGCGCCACCACACCGCGGCGGCUCCGACGGCGAGCGGGCCGGCGGGUCUGGGCGGGCAGGCAGUGGCGGCCACCACCAUGGGGAGGGGGACGGUCAUGUGGCCGAGACGCGGCGCCACACGCGGGCCAGCGAGCUGCGCGACCAGCCCAAGCGAUCAGAGGAGGACGAGGAGGACGAGGAGCCACACGAGGAGGAGGGCGGCGCGGAGAGCCCGCAGCUGCGGGAGACUCGCGCUCGCAACCAUCACCCGCCAACCGGCAACGGCGACUCGAAACGCGGCGGCGGAGGCGGCGGUGCUGACGGCGGAGCGCCGCCGCGGCGGCACAGUGCGCGGCUGAGCCACAUGCCGCCGCCUGCGCAGGCCCCGCAUACUUCGGAUGAGGAGGGCAGUGAGGACAGCGAAGAGGAGGAAGAGGAGGAGGACGACCGCCGCGGGGGCCGAAGCGCCCGACACGACCGCCGCGACCGCAACCGCGAACGCGACAGCAAGCGGCGGGCCGGCGGCGGCGGCGGCGGCGGCGGCGGCGGCGGGGCGGCCAGCGACUCGGGUUCUGAGGAGGGCGACAGCCAGGGGGAGGGCGAGGACGAGGACGAGGACGACGAGGGCGGGUGUGUGGAGGAUGACGCCGAGGAGGCGGAUGAUGGCGGCAUCUGGAAGGGCCGCUACCACCUGCGUGGGCACCAGGUCAACCAGCUGCGCGGGCCGCCGCCCAAGCGGCCUCGCUACUCGGAGGGCCCGAGCGGCGGCGGCGGCCGCCGGCGCCCGGACCACGACGAUGAUGACGAUGAGGAGGAGGGGUCUUCAGAGGAGGAGGAGGAGGACGAUGAGGAGGAGGAGGCCGGCGGCAAGGCCGCGGGCCGCCAGGAGCGGGACCGGGGCCGCGACCGCAGCCGCAAGCGCGACCGCAAGGGCGGCGGCGGGCCGGCGGCGCGGGUGCGCUACACGCUGCGCGACCGCAGCCGGAUGGUGCCCAUGAGCGUGCAGGAGCAGCAGCGGCAGAAGGAGGAGCUGCAGCGAGAGAUGAUGGCUCGCCAGCGCAUCCGUGAGCGCAUUCGCAGCGGCCCUAGCGGUGGCGGACACGGCAGCAAGCACGGCGGCGGUGGCGGCGGUGGCGGCGGCGGUGGGCGUGACCACAGCGGCGGCCGGGACCACGGCGGCGGCGGCGGCGGCCGCGACGGCUACCGCCGACACCAUGACGGGGGCCGUGGCGGCGGCGGCGGCGGCGGCGGCGGUUGGGGCUGGCGCGGCGGCAUGUCGGAUGAUGACGUUGCGGACCCGGACGGCCCCGCGGCCAGUGGCGGCAACCCCUGGCGCGGCAUGCAGCAGGCGUUCGGGCAGCUUCCGCCGUGGCAGCUGGGCGCGCAGGUGCCCGCCACGCCGCUGCCGGGGCUGGGGCCGUCGGCACACGGCGGCGCGCAGAUGGUCCCCAGCAGCGUACUGCACGGCGCCAACGCGGCCGGCGGGGCGGGGCCAAGCGGCCUGGGCGGCGGCGGCGGUGGCGGUGGCGGCGGGGCGGCCGGGGCUGCUGGCGGCGGCGGCGGCGGCGUGCCCAUGGCGGCGUGGGAGCAGGCGCUGGUGAAUGACGCCGCGGCGCUGGCGGGCGGCGGCGGCGGCGGCAAGGAGAAGGCGGGCAACGCCGAGAUUAACCCCGUGGCGGUGGACCCCAGCGUCGGCUUCGACCAGGUGGGCGGCCUGGACGCCUACGUGGAGGCGCUCAAGGAGAUGGUGUUCCUGCCGCUGGUGUACCCGGAGCUGUUCGACAGGUUCCACGUGCAGCCGCCGCGCGGGGUGCUGUUCUACGGCCCGCCGGGGACAGGCAAGACGCUGGUGGCUCGCGCUCUGGCCUCGCACGCCUCGCGCUACGGCGGGCGCAAGGUGUCGUUCUACAUGCGCAAGGGCGCGGACGUGCUGUCCAAGUGGGUGGGCGAGGCGGAGCGCCAGCUGCGGCUGCUGUUCGAGGAGGCUCAGCGCAACGCGCCCGCCAUCAUCUUCUUCGACGAGAUAGACGGCCUGGCGCCGGUCCGCAGCAGCCGCCAGGACCAGAUCCACAACUCCAUCGUGUCCACCCUGUUGGCGCUGAUGGACGGGCUGGACAGCAGGGGCCAGGUUGUGCUCAUCGGCGCCACCAACCGGCCCGACUCGCUGGAUGGCGCACUGCGGCGGCCCGGCCGCUUCGACCGCGAGCUGUUGUUCCCGCUGCCGGGGCUGCAGGCGCGCCGCUCCAUCCUGGACAUCCACACGCGGCAGUGGCGCGAGCGGCCCGGUCCCGGCCUGCUAGAGGAGCUGGCCUCGCUGUGUGUGGGCUACUGCGGCGCCGACCUCAAGGCCGUGUGCGCGGAGGCGGCGCUGGCCGCAGUCCGUCGCAGGUACCCGCAGAUCUACGCCAGCGAGGACAAGCUGCUGGUGGAGCCCGCCACCAUCACCGUGGAGCGGCAGGACUUCUUGGCAGCCAUCGCCGCCAUCACACCCGCCUCGGCGCGCUCCGCCGCCGCGCACGCGCGGCCGCUGGGCGGCGCCGGCGCCGCCGCCGCCUGCCUGGCGCCGGUGCUGGCGGGCGUGCUGGGGCGGCUGCAGCGCACCUUCCCGCCCGCGGCCGCGUGCCUGGCGGCCGGCGCGGUGAGGGAGGGCGCGAGCAGUGGUGCAGGGGCUGCGGCUGCGGGUGGCGGGGGCGGGGCCGGCGGCGGCGCUGCCGCGCCGUCCACCGCCCUCAUCCUGCCGCCGGGCCGCGGCGGCGGCGGCGGGCUGGGACCCAGCGUUGGGCCGCGCGCGGUGCUGGCGCCGAGCGCGGCGGCUGCGGCCGCGGCGGCCGCCGCCGCCAGCAGCGGCAGUGGUCUGCUGGCGUCGCUGCUGCAGCGGCUGCCGGCGUGCCUGGUGACGCGGCCCCGACUGCUGGUGUGCGGGCCGGCGGGGUGCGGGCAGGCGCAGCUGGCGGCGGCGCUGCUGUACGCGCUGGAGGGGCUGCCCUGCCACGCCAUCGGCCUGCCAUCACUACUGGCCAACCCCGGCUCCCGCUCGCCGGAGGAGGCGCUGGUGGGCACCUUCGUGGAGGCCCGCCGCGCCGCGCCCGCCGUGCUGUUCCUGCCGCACCUGCACCUGUGGUGGCAGACCGCCUCGCCCGCCCUGCGCGCCGUGCUGGUGAUGCUGCUGCGCGACCUGCCGGCGGAGCUGCCGCUGCUGCUGCUAGCCACGGCGGAGGUGCCGCGGGCGGCGCUGGACCGGGAGCUGCUGCGCAGCGGGCUGUUCCCGGGCGGCGCGGAGGACGCGGUGGAGCUGGCGCAGCCGGGCGAGGGCCAGCGGCGGGAGGUGCUGCGGGAGCUGAUUAUGGCGGCCGCGGAGCCAGUCGACACCGAGGCCAUGGCCGCCGCGGCGGCAGCGGCAGCGGGCGGCGCGGCGGGCCCCUCGGGCGGCGGCGGCGGCGCGGGUGCGGCGGCGGCGCUGCCCAAGGACCCGUCGGUGGCGGCCACUCGGGAGGCGGAGGCCAAGGCGGCGGAGGAGCUGAGAGCGCGCCGCGCGUACGAGGAGGACCAGUCGCUGCUGCGGGCGCUGCGCAUGGCCCUGCGCGGGCUGACGCUGGCGCUGCUGAACGACCGGCGCUGGCGGCAGUUCGCGGCGCCGCCCGACCCGCAGCAGGACCCCGAGUACUGGCAGCUGGUGAGCACGCCCAUGGACCUGGCCACGGUGCUGGCGCGUGUGGACGGGCGGCAGUACCUCACGCCCAGCGCCUACAUGGCGGACAUGCAGCUCAUCGCGCAGUGCGCCAAGCAGUACUACGGCGACGGCCCCGCCGCGGCCAAGCACGUCAGCCGCGCGCAGUCGCUGGUGGACGUGGCGGAGGCGCACCUCAUCGACCGCGUGCCGCUGGAGCUGGCCAAGCGCUGCGAGGACAUGGUGCGCCUGCGCGGCGGCCCAGCCAAGCCGCCGCCGGGCAUGCAGCUGCCAGAGGAGCUGGCCGCAGCCAAGGUGAAGGAGGCGGCGGCCGCCGCGGCGGCGGCGGCGGCUGUGGCGGCCGCUGCCAACGCAGCGGCGGCGCGGGGCGUGGGCAGCGGCGGGCCGGCGGGUGCGAGGACGCGGGGCGACCGGCACGGGGCGGGCGGCGGCGGCGAGGGCGGCGGCGGCAUGAUGAUGCUGGAUGACCCCGAGGUGCUGUUGCGCAGGCUGGCCAGGCAGCAGCAGAAGGACAAGCUCAAGCAGCAACAGCAACAGCAGCAGCAGGAUUCUGCAGCAGCGGGCGGCUCCGGCGGCGAGGCCGCCGCUGCCGCCGCCGCUGGCGCGGAUGGGACGCCGGCGGCGGCGGAGGCGGGCGCAGGGGGCGUGGAGGCGAUGGCAGUGGAUGAGAACCCGGAGCAGGGUUUGGAUAAUGGCAAGGAGGCCAUGUCGCCUCCCAAAAAGGACGCCACGCCUGCAGCCGCCGGCGAGGCGGAAGCCACUGACAUCGCGGCGGCGGGGGCGGGAGCAGCGGCACCAGCUGCCGGCGACGGCCAGGCCGAGGCCGGCGGCGGCGCUGCCGCAGCUGUGGCCCCUGGCCCCUCGGCCGCGUUUGGCGGCGUCAACAGCUCGGGGCGCACUGGGGGCCGGCAGGGGAUGGAAGUGGACGCGGAGGCGGGGUCGGGCGCCGGGCCCAGCCAGCCGUCAGCCGCGGAGGCGGGGCAGCCUUCUACUGCCGGUGGCGCUGCCGUCUCCACAGCAGGCGCAGCAGAAGCAGCUGCGGCGGGGGCGGCGGCAGCGGGCAACACCAACGCCAACGCCGGCGCGGCGCCCCGGCGGGCACUGCAGGCGGACCCCGAAGUGGUGGCGCGGGCUGAGGCGCUGCUGGAGCGAGUGGUGGCGGCGUCGCAGGGCUGCUCGCUGGAGGCGCUGGAGCUGUUGUACACGCGGGCAGCCGGGGUGGUGGUGGCGGCGGCAGCCCGCACCGACCGCGGCCGGGUGCUGCUAGAGCUGGAGGCGGCGCUGGAGGGGCUGCUGCCGGCGGCAGCGGGUGGGGCUGGCGCGGCGGGCGGUGUGAAUGCACGGGGGGCGCACCGGUAGGGUGUACCGUAAGGGUGAGGUUUGCAAAGGGCGCAUGGGUGA